CAAAGAGGAAGUACUGUAUAAUGUUCAGCAUGACACAGUUUUUCUUUUCUCAAAACUUUAGGCAGUAACCGAGUCUCAGACACCAUUAGAGUUUUCCCAGGAACAUAAAAUACAUUAACAUGGACUACUCAUCACUGCUGUGGCUGUUGCUGUUAAAAUUAACUGCUAUCAUUUUUCAAGUCAUACCAGGGUCUCUGGCUCAGGGCUGGAGUGUGUCUCACACACCGAGCAGAUUGUGUGCUCUUCACAACUCUUCUGUUGCAUUACCCUGCAAAUACACCUACCCCAGCAACCAAACAGUCACCAGUUCUGCAUGGCACUAUAAAAGGUCAAAAGGCAUGGCUUUUGAAAGACAAAUAGCAUAUUCUCUCUCCGAUGGGUCAAACUGCUCUCUUACCCUGGACCGUGUGACUCAGGCUGAUGCUGGCGUUUAUCAGUUCAGCUUCAGAACCAGAGACUCCACCAAGGAUCUGAAAAAUGAAGAUGGAGUCACGCUGGAGAUAACAGAUCUCCAUGUGGACAUGGAGCCACAGAUGGACAUGGUGUUGGAGGGAGACUGGGUGAUGUUGAUCUGUGGCUCCUGCAUUCCUUCCCUCACUGUUCCCACCUACACCUGGUACAAAGACGGACAUCAGUUCAAGCAAACGCGUGGAGAUUAUCAUCUGGAACUAACAGACAUUAAAGUGGAGGAUGAAGGAAGCUAUCAGUGCUCUAUCACUGGCCAUGAAGGCCGGCGCUCCUCAGCUGUGAAUUUUACUGUUAUAUAUCCUCCAAAGAAUGUCUCAGUGUCCAUCAGUCCCUCUGGUGAGAUAGUGGAGGGCAGUUCGAUGACUCUGACUUGCAGCAGUGAUGCUAACCCACCUGUGGAGAUCUACACCUGGUUUAAGAAUAUGACAUCAGUAGAAAAAGGAAGGACCUACACCAUCUCCAACAUCAGCUCUGAGGACAGUGGAGAGUACAGGUGCAGGAGCAGUAAUGAAGUCGGACAUCAGGACUCCAGCAGUGUAACUCUGAAUGUUCUGUAUCCUCCAAAGAAGGUCUCAGUGUCCAUCAGUCCCUCUGGUGAGAUAGUGGAGGACAGUUCAGUGACUCUGACCUGCAGCAGUGAUGCUAACCCACCUGUGGAGAUCUACACCUGGUUUAAUGAAUCCUCAGCUGUAGGAUCCGGACAGAGUUACAGAGCUCUACAGAGUGGACAGUACUACUGCGAGGCUCAGAAUAAACACGGCUCUGAGAGAUCAGCUACAGUGUCUGUCACUUUACAUGUAUCUGGUCAUCCUAUAAUUGUGUACGUGUCUCUUGGAGUUGGACUUUUUGGCCUUGCAGCUCUUCUCUCUGCACUAUUCUGCCUGAGCAGAAGCCGGAGACAGAGGAAACAGAAAGAAGAACAUGACUCCCAGAACGCUGGGCCGAGUGCUAAAGACGACACAUAUGCAGCUCUCGACCGAGCAGGACAGACAUCUAAUGAUGUGUAUCACACACUUACAAUUUUUCGUUCCACUCCUCCUGCUGACACACACACAUCGUCUGACUAUGAGGCUGUAGCAGAAAAAUGUAACACUUUUCACUCAAACGCAGCAACAAAUGAAAAUGUUUAUUCAUAGAUUAUACUUAUUUGUGAAGUUUAUGAGGAGAAUGUAUGUGAAUGUACCAGGGUUACACUGCACUGCGAUAGGUCGUUCCCUAAAUACACAGUAUUUCCUAAAGCAAUUUCUUUUUUUUUUCUUUUUUUUUUGCUACUGUAUACCAUCAUAAUAAAUUUGAAAUAAAUUGAAGAUGUGAAUAAAGUUCAGCUAUAUUUUAACAGUUUAACAGAACUAUUGCAUAAACUGUUUAUUACUUACAACCCCUCAGUCAAGUCAAACUGGAACUUAUGAUCAAUGCAAUUGCAUGCAACUGAUUGCAUGAUUCUGAUGAAAGCAUACAAGUGGUUGACAAUUAUAGUCAUUUACAGACAGCCUCAAGCACAGUACAGUGAUGAGACUAUCAGCCCUAGUAAAACAUUUUAAUUAUGCAAUUGGUAAAUGGAGUUUUUACUUUUACUCCGCACAUUCUAAAGUCCCAGUUUGACUUGAAUGUCCCUUGUAUUUGCAUACAUUAUAAUUAAACACAACAGUGAUCAUAUAGUACGUUAUAGAUAAGCAAAGACAUAGAUGAUGGAUAUACUGAAACUUUCAUUAUUAUCAAUAAAGAUCUCACAUACAGACUGCAAUUGGCUCCAAAUUGGUUAUUAAUAAUUAUAACACAUACAAAAGCACUACUACCACUACU